AUGACCGGCAAGAACUUGUCAAAUCCAAAUAAUACUGCAAUAAAUAAUAACACUAAUUCAGUGCCAACUCCAAGUAUGAACUAUUUAAUGCAUGGGUUUUUCCAGCACAAACUACAACUAGUUCAACAAUGGCAUCACCUCGAUCAUCUGAACCAAACUUGAGUACUGCAAAUAUGGACUCACAACAUCACCCGACCUCAGGCCCACACAAUCCUACGCCAUCUUCCAACUCUCAUGCGAUGACCAGCAUGCCUCAAAAUUUUCCUGGAAUGGCUAUGAACCAGGGGGGAUGGCCGUGAACCAGGGUGGAAUGGCGGUGAACCAAGGUGGAAUGGCCUUGGAGGAGGUGAGUUAGAUUAAAAUAAUUGAUUUUAUUUCCAGCUAAAUAAUCAAGGUUAAAUAAUCCCUUAUUUUACUUGAGUUUGUGUUCUAGAUCUUUCUUCAUUGUUUAUUAACUGAUUGUUGAAUGGAUCUAAAUGAGCCAAUUGUGGAAUCAUGGUAGUUUAGUUAAAUAGCCGCAAAUUCCAUCAUGGCGCUUGCUUUGAGACAAGACUUGAUGAUAAUAUCUAGUAUAUACGAUAAUGAGAUACACAUUUCUGACUAUGAAAUCGUACGGCGUGACAGGUCUAUGUGUAGUGCUAAUGGGAAAACAUAUGGGGGCGUUUGCUUCUAUGUGCGCUCUAGCAUAAAUUUCCCGCCUCGCCUGGAUCUGUCUAGCCAUCAACUAGAAAAUUUGUGCAUUGAAAUUCGAAAACCUAGUUCUAAGCCAUUCAUUGUUUCGACUUGGUACAGGCCGCCUGAUUUUACCAACGAUAAAUUUUCUUAUUUCGAGUCGUUUAUUGGUAGGCUUGAUUCAGAAAAUGUCGAAUAUUAUCUUUUAGGCGAUCUAAAUUGCGACCUUGGCGCAUCUGUUUUGGACCAUAACUCUAGGUCAUUAACCGACAUUGCUGACUUAUAUGGUAUGCAUCAGCUGAUAAAUGAACCCACACGUGUUACUGAGUCAUCUUCGACUAUAAUCGAUCACAUUUUUACUAAUGCUCCAGAUAAGGUUGUUUUCUCUGGUGUUUCACAUGUCGGCAUUAGUGAUCAUAGCUUAAUUUAUGCUUUUCGAAAGCUUUCAACAGGCAUUUACAAUAAAGGUCAUUCUACCGUGACAUAUAGAAAAUUUAAAAACUUUGACCUUGAUAGUUUUCGGUCUGACAUUUGUGCACAGAAUUGGACUGCUGUAAACAACUUUAAUGAUCCAAAUGAUAUGUGACGGGUUUGGAAAAACACAUUUAAUAAUGUUGUUGAAAAGCAUGCUCCUUUACGCACGAGGCGUGUCAGAUCUUCUAAGUCACCGUGGAUAACGCCUGAAUUAAAACAACAUAUGCACAAAAGAGAUAUUCUAAAAGUUAAGGCUAUUCGUUCAAAAGAUCCUAAUGACUGGGCUGCAUUUAAGACGUUCCGAAACUAUGUAACAAAUGAAAUUAACUACUUGUUAAAGAAACUCAUUAUCAGAACGCAUUCCAUCAAAACAAACAAAAUAUGAAAAAGACUUGGGGAAUUGUAAACGAACUUACUUCAAGGAAGCAAUUUAGUUCACAAGUCAAGGAAGUUAAAACAAAUGGUUCCUUAGUCAGUGAACCUAAUGAGUUAUCCGAGGUGUUCAAUGAUCAUUUUGCUAGUAUAGGCUCUAAGCUUGCUCAGAAAAUUCCCUAUAUUGGGAAUGGUGGUGCACAGCUUGAUUACUUGCCAAGUCAAUCUAAUGAUAAUUUUCGACUAAAUACAACUAGUCCGUCGGUGGUUGGUACCCUCUUGUCUAAACCUUGUAAAUCUAAAGCCACGGGUUUGGAUAAGAUAUCAGCCAGAUUACUUUGCGAUUGUUCCGACCUAAUAGCCGAUUCAAUAUGUGCAAUUUUUAACUGUUCUAUUAACUCUGGUACAUUCCCCAACGAAUGGAAAUGCUCAAAAGUCAUUCCAUUAUUUAAAAAGGGAGAGCGUAGGGAUUUAAAUAACUAUCGCCCAAUUUCUAUAAUUCCAGUGGUGGCGAAAGUUUUUGAGAGAAUUAUUUAUGAUCAAGUUUAUGCCUAUCUUAUGGAUAAUAACCUCUUAUCUAAUUGCCAGUCAGGGUUUCGAACUCUUCAUUCCACUGUCACCGCACUUCUUGAGGCUACUAAUAACUGGUCUUACAAUAUUGACCGAGGCAACGUUAAUGCCGUCGUUUUCUUAGACCUCAAGAAGGCGUUUGAUACUGUUGAUCAUGCAAUAUUGCUGUCAAAGUUAAGCGUAUAUGGUUUUGGAGGUUCUACAGGCAACUGGUUUAGGUCCUACUUAAAUGAUCGCAAUCAAAAAUGUUAUGUCAAUGGUCAUCUGUCCAGUCAACGCGUAUUGCCUUGCGGUAUCCCGCAAGGGACUAUCUUAGGACCUUUGCUUUUCCUUAUCUACAUUAAUGAUUUACCAAAUUGCCUGACACAUUCCCAACCACGUAUGUACGCUGAUGACACUAAUUUAACAUUUGCUAGCAAUAAUGUUGAUGACAUGGACUAUAAGCUUAAUCAAGAUCUUGAUAAUGUCAAUAAAUGGCUCAUAGCCAAUAAGCUAACUCUCAAUCAAUCUAAAACAGAGUUCAUGCUAAUUGGGUCAAGACAAAAAUUAAGCACGUUACACUCGGCCCCUUCCUUAGCAAUCAAUGACAUCCUGUUCGCCAAGUUUCUCAAACGGAGUCCCUUGGGAUGA